CGAACUUCGAGACAAUCAUGAGUCUCACACUUUAAUUCUCUUGUCCCAGGCUUCACCGUCUUCACCAUGGCCUCACUCAGCGAAGCAAAUGCUAAAUUCUGCUUUGACUUUUUCAAAGAGGUCCAGAAAUCAAAAAGAAAUGAAAACAUCUUCUUCUCCCCUCUGAGCAUCUCUUCGGCCAUGGCCAUGGUCCUCCUGGGUGCUAGAGGCAACACGGCCAAACAGAUGGAAAAGGUGCUUCAUUUUGAUGAAGUUUCGAGUUCUUCUGGAGGAAGUACAAAGCAUGGUAGCUCUGAGUGUGAAGAAACUGGAGAAGUUCAUUCUCAGUUCCAGGCACUCUUAUCAGCAAUCAACAAGCCCAGCACCCAUUUUUCUCUAAGCGUUGCUAACAGGCUGUACGGAGCAAAGGGUUUUCACUUCCUUGAGGUAAGCUGCAAUGGUGUCCAUGCUAGUAAUGAAUUUAGCACAAUUACUGUCUACCCGGGAGCUGCAGAAUUGCUUAUCAAUACUUGCACAGAGACACUGUACCAUGCUGAGCUGGAAACUGUUGACUUUAGCAAUGCUCUAGAAGAAACCAGAAAAAAAAUUAACACCUGGGUGGAAGAACAGACCAGUGGUAACAUCGAAGAGUUGUUCGCAGAGGGCAUUCUAAGUUCAGCUACUGUCCUGGUGCUGGUCAAUGCUAUCUACUUUAAAGGAAAGUGGACUUCAGAAUUUAAUAAAGACGACACCAAGGAAGACCUUUCAGGUAAUCAGACCAAGAAUGUGCAGAUGAUGUUUCAGAAUGGCUACUGCAAUCUGGCCAUCAUAGAGGAACCUGAGAUUCAACUUGACAGCGCACUCACCUAUACAAAAUUUGUAGAGUGGACCACAAUGACGAAGAUGCAUAAACAAAACGUGAAUGUGUACCUGCCCCGAUUCAAGAUUCAGGAAAGCUAUGACCUUGGGAAAACUCUGCAGGCUAUGGGGAUGCUCGAUUUGUUUGACACUUCAAAGGCUGAUUUAUCAGGAAUGAAUGGAAACCGUGAUCUGGCUGUGUCCAAAGCCAUCCAUAAAUCUUACGUGGAUGUUAAUGAAGAGGGCACUGAAGCAGCUGCUGCUACAGGGGUUGAAAUAAUUUAUACAAGUCCUGGGAUGCCUUAUGAGUUUAAGGCUGACCACCCCUUCCUCUACCUUAUCAAAAAAAAUGUAACCAACAGCGUUCUCUUUUAUGGCCAAUGUACCUCUCCUUAACUGGAGGGCACUUUGAAACAAUAUAGGAAGACCUACAACCUUGUUGUAGUGAGGAUAAAAGAUAAUAUUUCUCAAGUUUUUUGAAAUUUUGCAAAUUUGAAAUGAGAGAUUUUUGAAUGCAAUGGCUUCUAAGAAAAGUCUCCUAAUACAGUGGCCGCAACCAUACGGCUCCAGUCUGGUGUGGACCGAGUGCCUUUAGCAGCACAUUGGCAGUGGGGAGUUUUUCCUGAGCCCAAGCCAGGGUCAGGCAUCUAGGAGCUGUGCCUGUGCCACUGCCACUGCUUCUCUCAGCCCCCUACCCUCUGGCUGUGGGGGAGAGUGCAGCUUCCCACUGGCUGAAAGCUUUGCCUAUGCUACAACUGGGGGACGGUGGUGGCGAUAAGUGGCAGAGGCCCGGGUGCAGCUAGAAACUGCCCAGCUCUUGCACAACCCCUUGCUGCCUGACCUUGACGUGGGGGCAGGUGCAGGCACAGGCAGAGCUCUCCACCGCCAGUGGUUCUGCAGACUGAAUCUGAAUAUGUUGCUGGCCCCUCUUCUAUUAUGUUAUUGUCUUUUGCCUUUAUAUUGCUUAGAACUUAUUGUCUUUAUAUUGGUUAUUAUAAUGUAACCAAAGCAGCUAUCUCCUAAAUUUGAAAUCAUUUUGACUCCA